AUGGCAAACAAAUCACUCAAAAUCCCCCACCGCUGCAUCGCAGUGCUCACAGUCAUACAAGCACUGCUGGACAAGCUGGGAGAAAAUCGACACCUCUGCGCCAUUUGUAAAAUCAAAUUCGAGCCUGCCAACGUUCUUGCCAUCUUCGGUUGCUGCGGCGAAUUUUACCAUCGUGAAUGCGCAGCAGGAUGGCUCAAUUCGCCAUUACGUUGGCGGUCGUCCCUCGACACCAAUACGCCACCGCAAUUCAUCUCAUGCAUGUUCUGCACCACGCGCUGGCAUCCGAGAACGUUCAAUGAUUUUUUCCCGCCAAAGCAGAUCUGGAAGCGAAUCGAACAGAUGGCCGGCGACAUGAACGUCACCUACAUCUCGGCAGGAGUCCCACCCAACGGCAGCUCAUUGGUAUAUGCUGCCACAUAUUAUGGUCGAGCCGGUGUCGCAGUGGUUGUGGCGGAAUUGAUCGGACAGGCUGUUGACGGAGGCGACCUGGCCCAACUAUUCAAUGAUUGUUUUUACGGCUUCAAGAACCAAAUCCCUGCCCAAGCGUCGGCUGAUUAUGGGCUGGAUGGUGCGUUGGGUGAUAGGCUGAAUGGUCAGCUGGAUGGUGAGUCGGGUGUCAAUGGGGAUGAUAUUGCAAUGCAACUGGAUCCAGUACUUUGA